AUGUUGACGAAGGAGGGUCUUGGUUGCGCUCCCUGUAUCAAGAAAGGAUCACCGUGCCCCUGGAAAGACGCCUACAUCAUCGCCGUCAUUCUUGGGGAGUUGGACGUGCCCUACGGGAAAGCGUUCGAAUUCUUCACCAAACUCCUCAAAGACCCCAUCUUCCGCGAUAUCCUUCGCGGCGAAUACUCUAGGAACCCAGAUCCCGCAGGUGAUCUGAACCCCGUCCAGAUUCAAGCCCGCCUCCAUGAAGUUGAAUUGGAACUGAAGGAGGCACGCGAGGAAAUCGAGCGUCGUGAUGCGAACCUCAAGAGGCUCAUUGAGGAUCUUAAAGCCACCAAAGAGAAACUGACUGAGUCCAGACGAGAGCUUUCGCAUUAUGCGAGGCGCUAUGUCGAGGUCGCUCCCUCAGGAUCCAAUAACCCCGCCGCUGAACGCUCUUCUCGACCAUUUUACGUUGGCAGCAAGCGGUCCCUGGCUGCCUAUCGGAAAUCGGGCAUAUUUCCGCCACGUUCUCGUAGCUCGUCCCCAAACGGACAGGGCCUAUAG